CGGGUAGUUUCCAUUGUUGCGCAAGACUUUAGUAUCCCAAUUUCCCGACUCACGAAGCUACAAUCGAUAUUUUCCAUUUUUAUAUCGGCGCUCUUUGUCUGUUCAUCCGCAUACAUAUGUUUACAUAAUCACAAAAGUGAAAAACGCUGUCAAACAUCCGCAAAGUAAUCAAUCGCUACCGAGAGCAAAAAAGGCAGGAAUUACGGGGAGUGUAGGCGAAAUAGCCGGCAGUACGCUGUGUAAGGUGUUUCCUAGUCCGGGCAUAGCCCGCAGUGUAUGGGCCCUCCCGCAGACGGCCUCCUGCAACAUGGUGGCCGAUACGGAUCAUCCUGCUGCAUCCGCCAACCACGAAAAAGACGGAUCCGAAGCGGAUAUUAAUGAGUAUUCUCUCAGGAAUAUUUUCGAUUUGGUUAAAACUGGGGAACUAUCGGAAAUUGCAGAAUAUGUUGAAAAAUCAGGUAGCGAAGUACUUAGAGCUAGGGAUGAGUGGGGCUACACGCCAGCUCACUGGGCAGCCCUUGAUGGAAAUGUGGAAAUUAUGCGUUACAUCGUAGAUAAAGGAGCACCUAUUGAUUUACCUUGUCUUGGUACCCAAGGACCCCGGCCAAUUCAUUGGGCAUGUCGAAAAGGUCACACCGCACUUGUUCAGGUGCUCCUACAGGCCGGCGUAGCAGUAAACGCAGCCGAUUUCAAAGGUCUUACACCACUAAUGACAGCUUGUAUGUUUGGAAGAACAGCGACAGCCGCCUUCUUGCUCGGAAUGGGUGCCUCAAAUGAUUUAAUGGAUAUUAAUGGAGACACGGCUCUUCACUGGGCCGCUUAUAAAGGGCACGCUGAUUUAAUAAGGUUAUUGAUGUAUUCUGGAAGUAAUUUACAAAAACCUGAUCAUUUUGGAUCGACGCCUUUACAUUUGGCCUGUUUAUCGGGAAAUUUGAUUUGUGUUAAACUUCUUUGCGAAAAAAGUAACGUAGACUUGGAACCCUUAGAUAAAAACGAUAAAACUCCAUUGAUGCUUGCUCAAAGCCACAGACACAAUGACAUUGUAGAAUUACUCCACACUGAAAAAAAGCGACGUUCUAGUUGGUUUCCUCCGUUGAACGAAGUUUGGGGUCUACUUUUCGGUAAAGCUGGAAACUCUAAAGCCCCAUUAAUAUUUUUUAUGAGCUCAGUUUUGUUGUGGGGAUAUCCCAUGUAUGUAAUUAGGUGUAUACCAAUAACUUGGAACAUUCUAAGGGGAUCACACUAUUGUUUUAUCUACUGGAAUAUAGUAAUGUGGAUUUGUUGGAUAGUCGCUAAUAGGAAGAAUCCUGGCUAUAUUCCAAUGAAUUCAGAGUCUUAUCACAGGUCUAUAAAACAAAUUCCAAUGUUUGAUAAAUGGAAAAAACGUAACUCUAUUUUAAAUAGACUUUGCCACACUUGCAGAUGUUUGAGACCUCUAAGAGCCAAACAUUGCAGGAUUUGCAACAGAUGCGUAUCUUAUUUCGACCAUCAUUGUCCAUUUAUUUACAACUGUGUUGGUUUAAGGAACAGGACUUGGUUUUUCUUGUUUGUGAUGAGUAUUGCUGUGAAUUGCUCCUUUACCAUUUAUUUUGCGAUGUAUUGUAUAGCACUAGAAGGUUUUGGUAUACUCUAUAUUCUUGGAUUAUUGGAAGCUUUUAUAUUUUCUGGAUUGGGGUGGAUUCUUACAUGUACUUCGAUACUUCACGCUUGCAUGAACCUCACUACGAACGAGAUGUUUAAUUACAAACGAUACCCCUAUCUAAGAGACAAACGUGGUAGAUAUCUAAAUCCAUUUUCAAGAGGUCCCAUUUUGAACCUCAUCGAAUUUUUUUUCUGUACACCAGAAGAUUAUGAUGACGAUUAUGGAUAUGAUUACAUCUGAUACAGGAUAAACAGUAACGGCUUACAUUUAAAUGAUAAAAAUACAUCAAGAUAGCUUGAAGCUUGUAAAAUGUGUAUUGUUGAGUAGCAAUAUUGUAUGAUUCAGGAUUAAAUAGAAAUGUAUGGAAAUUCUCCUGACGCAUACAGUACAUUUCACUUAAAAGUGGUUUUUUGCAAUGCAAAAAUAGUUUGUUAUAUUAACUUCGAUGUUAAUUUUAUAUGACG